GUCAUUUGUUAUUGUUGUGUUAUUGUUAAUGAGUUGAUAAGCAGCAUUAACAUUAUACAAAACCAAAACCUUUUAAAAAUAAAAAGCGCAUUUCACGAUUCAACAAGAUGAAAUGAACACAACGCUAACCUUAACCGAAUGAUUGUCGCACAAAGCAAAAAGUUAUGUAAAUAACUAUAGUGGAGAGACGAAAGUGCAAUGAUAGGCGAUCAAGUUUUGACAAUCUGGAAAAAUAUUUAUUGCUCAAAGGAAUUCUAAAACAAAUAAUGAUAUAGAAAGUGUUUUAAUUUUUAAUGCAUUUAAAAGUGAACCAAAUUUCUACAAAGAAAAAUUUGCAAAGUGAAGCAAGCAGGUGUUACGGGUGAAUGCGGAAAAGUAAAAUACAAUAUACCUACGUCGGAAAUGCGACAAAGAUCCUUGCCAAACAUUUUUUUUAUUUAACACUUGGCCCGUUUGGAUUUCUUGAUUAUUUAUAGUGAUCGCCACAUCUAGCAUUGAUCUUCACGUCACACUCUUCAUGAACUUUUCCAUCGCGUCCCCAACGCUUGCAGUAUCGCUGUAUAUUUUUGGUGUUAUAAGACAAAAGACAACCAAAACAAAGAAUUUUCAAAUGUUAGUUUGGUCUCUAUUUUGUUUAUCGAAGCAACAAAAAUAGCAAAGCGAACUCAUAAGGCCAUCAAACAAUACCUCAACAAGCAAAAUGCAAAGCCAAAAACAGACAGUACCAAACACUGCCACUGCAGCACCACCUUCCCCACCCGCUCCCGAUCCAAACGCUGCACCCACUGCUGGUGCUCGAAAUCAACUAAGACCGGUCAUUUCUUUUGCCGACAGUUUUGCUUGCACAUAUAUUGUUUCGGUGAUUGGUGCAGCUAAUGCCGAAUUGGUUACAUAUCCAUUAGAUUUAACCAAAACUCGAUUACAGAUUCAAGGAGAAGCUGCACGCCAUCAAGUUGCCACCAAUGCAGUUGGAAAGACUCACCCACAGGUACAAUACCGUGGCAUGAUAGCUACUGCGGCUGGCAUAGUUAGAGAGGAAGGACCCCUAAAACUAUGGCAAGGAGUGACUCCAGCGCUAUACAGACAUCUCGUAUAUAGUGGCGUAAGAAUAUGUACUUAUGAUUUCGCACGCAAGGAAUUGGCGAAAAAUGAAAAAGGACAGAAUGUAUCUCUGCCACUAUGGAAAUCAGCUCUAUGUGGUGUUUCCUCGGGUGGUUUAGCUCAGUGGCUAGCAUCGCCAGCAGAUUUAGUAAAAGUACAAAUACAAAUGGAAGGGAAACGGCGUUUAAUGGGUGAACCCCCACGAGUACACAGUACAGCUCACGCUUUCCGAGAGAUUUUGCGACGUGGUGGUAUCAAAGGCCUUUGGAAGGGCAGCAUACCUAAUGUGCAGCGGGCGGCAUUGGUUAAUUUAGGCGACUUGACUACUUACGACACAAUUAAACACUUGAUUAUGAACAAGUUGCAUAUGCCAGAUUGUCACACGGUACAUGUGUUAGCUUCAGUAUGUGCCGGAUUUGUAGCCGCUUUUCUGGGGACCCCCGCGGAUGUUGUCAAGACGAGAGUAAUGAAUCAACCCACGGACGAAAAGGGCAGAGGUCUGUUAUAUAGAGGCGCCAUAGACUGCCUUCGUCAAACUGUUAACAAAGAAGGAUUUCCUGCUCUAUAUAAGGGAUUUUUACCCUGUUGGAUACGAAUGGCUCCUUGGUCUCUAACCUUUUGGUUGUCAUUCGAACAAAUACGCACAAUGAUUGGUGCCUCCAGUUAUUAACCUAACAAAUGGCGAGGUGUGUUUUUAUUUUAUUAUGAAAACAAGUCGACAACAGAAACAUCACGUAUACAAAAUGUUAUUUAUAUGCACAUACGCAAUUUUAGAAAUAAAUUCAUAGAUACUGUCCUUUUUGAAGAACACCAAUCUCUACGUUUUUUUUCUGUUGAAAUGGUUAAAGAAAAAAUUGGAUCCGAUUAUGAAAAAUUUUAAAUUCAAUGUUUCAAAAUCGUUUCGAACCAACAGAGAGGUCAUAUCAACAAUAUCGACUGUCAUAUCCAAUAGGUAUCGAUUAGAUAUGUAUUGCGUGGAAAGAACCAAUGUGUAGCACAUAUGAAUUUACUUCUAAAUAUGAGUAUGUGCAUAUAUAUAUGAAUGUAUGUACUUGUUGUUAUAUUUUAUUACCUUUUUCCUGAUAAUUAGUACUCGUAGUAGUAAUUGUUAUUAACACUUUCUCUUUCUAAAACAGAAAGCAACUCCUGUUUCAGUGCCUCUAAUUUUAGAUGACUACGAUAUGUGCAUGUACAAAAAUUAUUAUCUCUAAAUUUAAAAUCGAUGAAAAAAUGGGUUGAAGUCAUUGUUGAACAUUGCAUUAUUGCUGUUGUAUAGAAUAUUUCUAAAAUGAUGUAUGUAUCAAUGGAUAUAUGGAUGUUGCACAAUUGCUUCGUUUUGAACUUGGCAGAUUUAAAUUAAUAUUUUUUUUUAAAAAUUAUUAUUUUGUUAUUUAAUCUCGUUUUUUUUUUGCUAAAAUUUCCUUUUUUUUAUAAAAAAAAAAAUAAAAUUUUCUUAUUGAAUAUUUUAUGCCUUAGGAUUUUUUAUUGUUUGUUUAUUAUGCCAAAUAAAAAUGAACUUUUGUGAAGCUGUCCAUGAGCAAAGAUUUGAUCAAAUUAAAGCAUAGUUUCUUUUUAAUUUUAUGUAUGCUUUAUAAAUGGAUGUUUGUUAAUUGUUAUAUUAUGACCUCACGCAAAUUAUUAUUGAAAAGCAAAAAAGCGAAAAAAAUCGAUAAACAAGACAAUAUCAACAAAAAUUUUA